AUGCUGAAACCCACAGACAUUCCCUCCUUCGCGGCCUCGCAACUCAGGCUGCUUGAUGCGGAACUGCAAGCCGAAGUCUCUGAAACCAAUGCGCUCCUCUCAUCGCACACGCCAACCGCCCUGGCGCGCGCGGGUCUCGCAAUCCUGAAUCUUAACGUGUCUUCUAUACGCACAGGGCUAGGCGGCAAGACGGUUGUCGAGCUAGGGCUCGACUCGGCGGUUGUGGCAAAGGGCGCGAAGCCCGACAUCCCUGAGCACGGCAUACGUGUGGGUGAUAUAGUGGCCGUGCAGGACCAGCCGAGCGGGAGCGCAAAGAAGACGGAGAAGAAGGAGCUGGAGAAAAAGGGCGCCGAGGGCGUAGUGCUGAGGGUGCGCCGCGAAAAUGUAGAGGUCGUGCUCGACAAAGAGGAUGCUGAUGUCCCGGCUGGCAACAAACUAUGGAUAGUCAAAUUGGCCAACGACGUCACCUACAAGAGGAUGAACCAGACCAUGAGCCGGCUGCAGAAGCUCGAGGAUCAGGAGUACACGCCAUUUUUGCGCGUGCUGUUUGGACAGGCAUCUCCAACGCCUCUCCCGUCGGAUCUUGAUGAUCCUUCGAAUCCCCUGCACAAGCUCGAGUGGAAUGACGCUUCACUGAACGACAGCCAAAAGGAAGCUAUUCGAUUUGCACUGGCCUCGAAAGAAAUAGCCCUCAUCCACGGGCCACCAGGCACGGGCAAAACACACACGCUAAUCGAGCUCAUUCUACAGAUGCUAAAACAGAAUCUGCGCCUGCUAGUAUGCGGGCCGUCCAACAUAUCGGUAGACAAUAUUGUGGAACGGCUCGCUUCCCACAAGGUACCUAUGGUGCGCUUGGGACAUCCCGCGCGCCUACUGCCGUCGGUUCUGAACCAUUCCCUGGACGUGCUCAUGCGGACUUCAGAGGCCGCUGCGCUGGUGCAAGACGUCCGCAAGGAAAUGGACGAGAAGCAAGCGUCGAUUCGCAAGACGCGCAACGCCAAAGAACGACGUCAGAUCUACACUGAGCUCAAGGAGCUGCGUCAAGAGUACAGAGAGCGCGAAAAGGGAUGCGUCAACAGCCUUGUGACGGGCAGCAAGGUAGUGCUUGCCACGCUGCAUGGAGCCGGGGGGUUCCACGUCAAGGGACAGGUGUUUGACGCUGUCAUUGUCGACGAAGCAAGCCAGGCCUUGGAAGCGCAAUGCUGGGUUCCACUCCUCUGGGUCAAGGCCAGCAAGCUGGUGCUGGCUGGCGACCACCUUCAAUUGCCACCGACGAUCAAGUCGGUCAACGGCAAAGAUGCAAAGGCGGCGAAGAAGACCAAGGAUAAGAAGACGGAGGCCGGAACAGGCGACCAGCCGGUGGCGAAGCCGGCACAUGGCAUAACUUUGGAGACGACGCUGUUCGACCGGCUCUUGUCCUUGCAUGGCCCUUCAAUCAAGCGUAUGCUCACGACGCAAUAUCGCAUGCAUGAGAAGAUUAUGCGCUUCCCCUCGGACGCGCUGUACGACUCACAGCUCAUGGCGGCCGACUUUGUCAAGGACCGACUGCUCACGGGCCUCGAGUACGAGGUGCAGCAAACGGAAGAUACGCAGGAGCCUCUAGUCUUCUGGGACACACAGGGCGGUGACUUUCCGGAAAAGGCAGAGGACGAAGGCGUAAUUGGCAAAGGCGGCAAAGGCAUGAUGCUCGGCGACAGCAAGUCCAACGAGGCAGAGGCCGCAUUGGUCAGGCUGCACGUGGGCAAUCUAAUCAAUGCUGGUGUCAGGGCGGAAGAUAUCGCCGUUGUGACCCCAUACAAUGCACAGCUUGCAUUGCUUGCUGGAAUGCUCAAAGAAGAAUAUCCCGGGAUUGAGCUGGGGUCUGUGGAUGGGUUCCAAGGGCGUGAGAAGGAGGCGGUUGUCGUCAGCACAGUGCGGAGCAACGCAGAGCAUGAAGUUGGCUUCCUGGGCGAGAAGAGACGACUCAACGUGGCCAUGACGCGCCCUAAGCGACAUCUCUGUGUAAUUGGAGACUCGGACACUAUCAGCAAGUAAGUAUCCACCUGUCCCGUUCCUAAUAUAUGACCCCAGCAGCGGUUCCCGCCCUCGUCACCCAUCCGCUUUGGGGACCUGAAACUCAAAGGGCCGUGUGGGGCAUUGGCCGUCGCCCGUUGUCGGGCAGAUGAUGAAACCGGUUGUUACAAUGGAACCGGCGGCCGUGACAAGACACGGCUCUUCGUCGUCGUGGUCGUCGUGGUCGUCGACCCUG